CGAUGGCAAACAAGGACAAGCUCUGCUUAAACAAAGUGAAUGAUCCACAUGAACAUAAUCAGCUUGUGGGUUUUAAGGCCUUCAGUAUGUCCACACUUAUGCGAGCUAUGCACAUGAUGGUACAGAAGAGCUGUCAGAAGGCCUGUCAGCUGCUAUGCUGUUCUAUAGACAAUCUACUGUGUGACAGACUCACUAUAUGUCCAGGUAAAAAAGAGGAGGGACAGAGAGAGGAAUCGCCUGUAGCAGCAGCCUGGAGUCCACCAUCAACCAUUUUGAUUCUCAACAUCAACAACUCUACUCUGAUUGACUGCGUAAUCGGAAAUGAGCCCUGCCCUCCCACUGUGGCAGAAAAGCAGCCACUGAUGCAAGGAACAAUCCACAAUGUGCAUGAUCCAAGAACAUGCAGCCCACCAAGUAUCCAAAUCAGCAGCUCUCAUCUCAGCUGCGUCAUCAUUGGAGACAACAACUACAUGCAAGUGGAGCAGACUGUGCCAAGUGAAGAAGAAACUGUGGAAGAUCAUGAAGAUGGCAGCUAAACUGGUCAUGAAAUAUCGUGGAGAUAG